UUUGAGUUAGUCACUCAGUUUCGUUUUCAUUCUUUUCGCAUAUGUGACUUCAAAAACAUUCAAAAAAUGAAGUUUGUUUUAAUUUUGUAUAUUUUCGCCAUUAUUCUGGUCUGUAAUGCUGGAUCAUUGCGAAGAGUUGUCAGAAAUGAACCUGAUGAAAAUGAAAAUGUUACAGAAAGUCCUGAAGUCGAUGAAGUCGCACAACCAGUUUUUCAAGGAAUAAUACCAGGUACUAUAUUUGAAAUUAAAUGCCCUCCGGGAAGAGUUUAUGUCGGCAACACAUGCAGAGACGAGAAAAAAGUUGUAAAAUAUUAUUGAAUUUAUACUGAAGCUUUUUAAACUGAAUAAAUUGUUAUUUUGAUGAGAAUGAA